UGACAUCUCUUGGUAUGUAGAAAAUAUUUUCACUAUUGUGGUAUUAAUAUCAAUACACUGACAGUAUAACUUAUUUAUGUGGACAUGGUCUGUCUAAGAACUUGGAUCUUUGGGAAAUAAUAAAGGUGGUAAAAUGCGCAAAUGAUCUUCUACAGCUCUGGAUUCAGCACCACGUUUGCUAACACCGAGCUCUGUCUGACCUAACCCCUAGAAUUCAGAGCAACUGAUGACCUGUAACCAGACUCCAUGUUGCAGCAGUCUUGUCACGUUGUCUACAUCCACCGUGCCAACCUUUCUCUAUUUUUAGCAUUCAGGCACACCGUGGAUAUAAGUGCACUCAGUCUUGCAGCAACAAAGCAGGACACAAUCAACCCACUCACCCGAGUAAGACAACUUGCAUUUUGACCUACAAGUCUGAUACCAUGACAUAUGUUUUCUUGCCAUGUUAACCUCAUCGUAUGAUCACAUGAUCAAGCUUUGACUAUCCCAGUGAUUUAUAGAUAUGGGAAGACAAAGGACUUCAGGAGCUAAACUUCAUAGGCACUGUGAGAGCUGCUACAACAGACGCUGUAAAGUUCCCAUAGAGAGCUCUGUCUCAUGCAUGAUCAUCAACUGCCGUGUGCUGUGUGGUGCUUCCUUUCACAUGUGCAAAGAGGAUGAACACAUACUGCUGUGUCCUAAUGAGAAGGUGCCCUGCAUCAAUGCACACUAUGGCUGCCCUUUCAGCAUGUGUCGCUCGAAGCUGGCCAAACACCUGGAAGUGUGUCCCGCUAGCGUGGUGGUCUGCUCAAUGGAGUGGAACCGCUGGCCCAUUGAGGAAGCAGAGCCUCCUGAGUUCUACAAGAAUAUCUUGAAGGAGAACUACACCCAGGAGCCUCUGGACCUUUCCAUGGCACUGCGGGACCAGAGGCAGCUGUUUCAGUCCCUCAAAAUGAAGACUCUUUUUCCUGAACUUAUUGAAAAGCUCGAGGAGGAAUCUGUCAUUCAAGAACUUGAGGGAGCUGUUGGAUGGGUAUCUAAAGAUGCACAAGAACCCUCAAUAUCUAUAAGUGCUGCCUCAGUCCUUGAACCUCAGGAGAGGGAGUUAACUCAGGAAGAGAGAGAGGUGAUAGCAAGGGACACUAAUAUAUUAGGCAUCGAUAGGUAUAACAUCUGGGAGAGGAUGUUCAGUAUGGAACUGAGUGGUUGCAAGCACACCAUUAAGUCACUAGGCACCAACCCUUCUUCCAACAGCAAAGAGCUGAAACCCCAAGCAAAUCCAAGCAAACUGGAAAUCCUUAAAGAGGAGACGGAAACACAAAUUGGAAAUUCAGGCAUACUUACUUAUAUGCCACAUUUCAAUCCAUAUGAAAUGGAUGAAGAUAAAUUUGUGAUAGCAGCAUCCUUAUUUGCGUGUGACACACGUCCAAAGAAGACAUUUGUAUACAAAGAUUUGGAGCCCAUGAAGAUCAAAACUGUGCGAACAUUCAAAGUUCCCACCAGCUUCAAGGCAAGGCCAAGUCGUAUACGCAAUCCUUUUCAUUACAAAAAAGAUAGCAAAGCUGUUGACACAGCAGACCUGAGCAUUGAAAUGGGGGACAUGCCAAAAUGGGAUGAGGUUCAAGCAACCCUUCUGUGUUCUCUGGAGAAGGAACUCAGAGGACACCUUAUUGCAGAGUCCAGUUCUGCAGAUGCACUUAUUAAGGAUGAAGGAACUCAGACUUAUGACUUUUACUCUGCUCCUUUCAAAGCAGAUACGUCUCUGGCGGAUCUCACAGCAGACAGGGCUUUGCAGCUUCAUGUACAAAUACAAACCGAGAGUGUCACCAAUAGACACAACAAAUGUAGCUCUGCAUUCACAUACAUCUGCAGCCAUUCAUACAGACGAAAUGAGUUUUCUUCUCAUUAUAAGAAUGUUCACUCAGAUAUCCAGUUCUGUUUAAAUGGCUGGUUUGAACACAGGUGUCCUCUGGCUUAUUUGGGUUGCACCUUCAGCCAGAGGCAGCUCCGGCCUGUCACACACAAAGCUAUGGUCUCAUACGAUAAAGACCUCAGCACAUUCACUCUCAGACCCGAGGUACCAUCCAUUCUCUAUGAAGGUGUGACAACGAUGACUAUGGAGAGGAAGCGAGCACGGAACCAGGAUGCUCUGAGCAAGUUACCUUUUGAGGUUCUCAUCCACAUUGCUGGGUUUCUGGAUAGCUUCACGCUGUCUCAGCUGGCUCUCGUAUCCCGGUUAAUGAGAGAGGUGUGCGGGAUUUUACUGCAAGAAAGAGGCAUGGUCUCUCUUAAGUGGGAGAAGAAAAUUGAUUCACAUGGUGGAUGGUGCUGGAGAGCUAGACAUAAGGUCUGGGAAUUCAGCAACUUGUUUUCCCCUGUGGAUAACUGGUGCUUGGACAAGUUCCCAUCAAUGUCUGAGCACCUUAAAGUCUGCCCCUAUUAUGAGAUGGAGAACAGAACAGAACCUGUACCCUUAACUGCUGUCUUUGAUUGUGAAGAAGAAGAGAACGCUCAGAGACUUGUGUCCAUGUUUAUUAAGAAUAAAUGACAUUUGCAUCGCAAGUGAGGAAAUUAAUCAACAACAGGGUAGUAUGAUGUAGCCUGAGGUAAUGCGGAGUUACUCUUGAUUAUUUUCCAGCAAUAGCAUGAUCCAACAUGUUUUAUUCCUCUUAUACCAUACCAGUUCGCCAAUGAUGACAAUUUUCAAAAUUAAUUAAAGAACUUUUUAACUCUUUAAAGUCACAGUUAGUGUGGUGGAAUGUCCACAAAACAAGCUAAUUAUUGUUAUCACUAACACUAUAGCAGCUAUAGACAUAUAGUCUAGCCUUCCCUUACUUUCUCUUGAAGGUAAGAUAAAAAAAAUGCAGCUUGUUACAGAGAAAAUGCAGCAUUGUCUGUCCUGAAGUGUUUCACAUGGCUGAAAACCUAACAUCUUUAAAGCAGCUUUACCUCUGACUGUUACAAAGCACUGACAUUGGAGACCUCUUCCAUUAAUGUUAAAUGUCUCCUUAGAGAAAUGUUCACUUUAUCAAUGAUUAAACUUGUUUUGUUAAAUAACAACACUUUUUAAAAUAUGUAUAUUAUUAAACAAGUGAAUAAGCCGUUACUUUAAAAACAAGAAUGUGUGCAUUAAUAUAAACCUGGGAUUUGCUUUGCAGCUGGUAUUACUGUCAGAUAUGUCAUAAUGGGUAUAACUGUGGUAUAAGUAGUGCAUGACCGAUAUUUCUAAACCCAUGCAAUAAAACUUCUAUUAUUGUGUUUUCUGGUCCUGACUCCAAUAAACCACUGAUGGUGUCACACUUCCACCCCUCACUAUUAUAAAGUAAUAUUAGCUUAAUCAUUGUAUAUUGUUUUCCUUGUAGUUACUGGAUAAUUAGCCAUAAGGUUUGGAAAUAUAUAUAGGAGCAUAAGAGUGAUAAAGUAAUAAAAGUGAACAUAAAUCAAUCAAUCACUUUGUUUAUUAUAAUGUUUAGUUGUUAUUGUGAUCCACCUGUACUAGUUAAUACCAGAAAAUGUAUAGAGUAUUGCAGCUGUGUUGAUGAGUGUUUAUGCCUUUGGAAGUAAAACUAACUCAUAAAAUAUUUUUGACAAAAUAUCAGGUUGUGCUGUUUUUUUGGUAUUCACAGUGGAAUUCAAAUCACUUUAUUUUUGCCCUUUGC